UCGUUCUUUGGUGUGGGCGCUCCCGAGGCCAUCCUGGUGGGGGUGGUGGCGCUGGUGGUGUUUGGGCCCAAGGGGCUGGCGCAGGCGGCCAAGAGCUUGGGGUCCACGCUGCGCUCCUUUGCGCCCACCAUCCGCGAGAUCACCAGCGUGUCUCAGGAGCUGAAGAGCACG